UUUUUUUAAACUUUUUUAGCAAGCCAUGAAAAAGCACAUCAAAAUUUAAAACAAGCGGAGUUAGAUACCUCAGCUCUUGACACAGAUCAUGAUGAACAAAUUUCUAUGUCAAAAAAGCGGCGAAAAAAUUUUUCAUUGUCUAAUGAAGAACAUAUUGAGGACAAUCAUACAAAGCUUAAAUGUCCGAAUGUUCCACCAGGACUGGCAAACCCUUUAGUAAAAUCACUUGUUCAGCCUAAUAAGCUCACAUUUCAUCCUAGGCUAAGAAAUACCAAUAAUACAACUAAACCGUUUCAGGCAGUAGUAUCAAAUACAAUUUCAGGGGAGAAUAUAAUAAUGGAUUCAUCAGCAAGUUGUGAGAUCGCUUUCCCAGAAAAAAGAAAUCAGGAGUUAAAUAUGUCUGAUGAAGAAAAUGAAGAUUUCACGAUACAUUCUUGCACAGCUAAAUCACCAGAAACUGACAAUUUGAUUGAUCAAGCUCAGCCAAAUUUUAGUUUGUAUUCCCAAUUUAAAAGCAUCACUAAUUCAUCUCCGUCAACCCCAAAUGCAAUCUCAGGAAUACUUCCAAAAGAUCUGCAUGUGAUUCUAAGCAGACUUGCAUCAAUAGAGACAAAGCAGGCCAUGCAUUCACAAAUUUUGAAUUCAAUCCUUAAUGCUGUAACUCAGCAUAAAAGUUAUGAUACUUUGCCUGAAGGCAUAAAUCUUCCUCUUGAUUGUAUACAAGAAUUAAAAGAUUUUGAUGAGAAACUAAAAGAAAAUAGCACUUUCAAGUUAUUAGUUAAUCAUCUUGCUCAAAUUGGUGGAAGAAAUAUUGGUGAUACAACGCGUAGAUUGUUAAGAACACUUUUCUCAAAAGGGUUAUCGUUGCAAUUAAACUUUGCCGGUAGGAGUGGAAAAGUUGGAAUCGGCAACAUGAAAAUAACUUCUCUUAUUGUCAGUGUUGUUAAGAAGAACAAGUUAUUGAGUGACGUCACUACUUCAAGAGUUGAACAACUUGUAAAGAUUUGGCUUAGGCAGUCCUGCGACCGCGAAGGAGGCAGAAAUGAUCCAGAACGAGGGAGUAAACGAUCACUCCAAAAAAAUUUAAUUCGAGACAAUCAAUUGUUAUAACUUAUAGUAAAAAUUAUAUAGUUUAACGGUUUAUUCUGAUGAAAUAUUUAAGCAUACGUUAA